AUGUGGCUUGGAGAUACCAAGAUUCUCGAAAACGAAAUUCCUUUUGCCUCCGGUAAGGGUGUUGGUCUUGCUAACAUUAAUGCAUUGGAAGCAAUAGCCGGUAAAUGUAAUGUUGUUUGUGUCUCCAAGGACCGAAGGAACCCGCAACGAUCUGAUGAUGAACUUAAAGCAACGAACUUCAUCUUUUAUCGUACCUUUGAUGUUGAAAAUUGUACGAUAUCCGACAAGAUGGAUAAAAGGGUUGGUGGAAUCAAAAUUAAAUACGUAUUUAAUGCAUUAGUCGGUAGCUUGGAUACACGGUUUUUUCUAUACCAAUCUUUGAGAAGGAGUGUGAGAAUUUCCUUGAAGGAACAAAGUCAAGUUCGCUUUGGUGAUUGA